AUUCAAGUUACGACCAUGGCCCUUUCUACAUUAUAUCAAACAACUUAAAAAUAGACACCAGAUUAUGUCUAGACUGACGAGUUGGGCCGGGUCUAGGAGCUUGGAGGUAUUUACACGCUAAAGGUCAUGGAUCAUGUACACAAAGACGAAACAACAUCAUUUAUUAAUGAAAUCUCUGGUGAUUAUGUGAAACCUACACCAGAAGACGAGACAGAAUAUAAACACGAACGAGGCCAGUGGGACCGGAAGUUGGACUUCAUCUUGUCCCUCAUUGGAUAUUCAGUGGGAGUGUCUAAUCUAUGGCGGUUUCCCUAUCUUUGCCUGCGCAAUGGAGGAGGGGCUUUCCUCAUCCCUUUUUUCUUCUUCCUGCUUGCAAUUGGAAUUCCAAUGUUUUACUUGGAGGUCUGUUUGGGUCAGUUCUCGGGAACAAGUCCGCUGUUUGUCUGGAAACUUUGCCCUCUCUUCAAAGGGAUAGGAUGGGGAUGUUGUAUUGUCUCUGGGAUCACAAGUAUCUACUACGUGGCCGUACUAGCCUGGGUCAUGUUCUACUUCAUCAACUCCUUCUAUCCAACACUACCCUGGUUCACGUGCGACAACUGGUGGAACACGGACACAUGUAUCGGCCCUGUGCAUGAUAAUGGCACUGAGCUGAACUCAACAGUUCCAGUAUCAACCUCCGACGUUGGUUAUAACUACGAUAAUGCAACGGUCUUUCUGAGGUCUUCCAUGGGCAACAUAACUCUUAGAAAUGUAUCCAGGACUGGAUUUGGUGACAAAACAGCAGCCGAGGAAUUUUGGCAGUACUACGUGUUACGGAAGUCUGAUGGUUUGGACGACAUGGGAACCUUACAACCUCAUCUCGUGGGAUGUCUCUUUGUGUCCUGGCUGUUCAUUUUCCUGUGCCUAAUCAAGGGUAUCAAAUCUCUCGGCAAGGUGGUGUAUGUCACAGCACUGCUUCCAUACAUCCUGCUGACGAUUCUGCUGAUCCGAGGCUUGCUUCUACCAGGUGCUGCAGAUGGCAUCAAGUUUUACAUAUACCCAGACUUUUCAAAGCUUGCAAAUUAUUCUGUGUGGAUUGAGGCAGCCCUGCAGGUAUUCUUCUCCCUUGGAGCAGCCUGGGGGUCAGUCAUCACCAUGGCCAGCUACAAUAAAUUCCACAACAACUGCUUCAGGGACGCCAUCAUAGUUACUCUUGCUGACGGUCUGACCAGUUUCUACAGUGGCUUCGUCAUCUUCUCCGUGGUUGGAUUUAUGGCCAAAGAGGCCAACCUCAGCAUCACUGAGGUGGCUACAGAAGGCCCGGGUCUAGCAUUAGUAGCCUACCCAGAAGCCAUCACCAAGAUGCCUCUUCCCCAGCUAUGGGCCGUGCUCUUUUUCCUCAUGCUCUUCACGCUUGGCCUGGACAGUCAGUUUGGGAUGUUUGAAAACCUUGUGGCAGGAAUUAUCGACGCCUUCCCACACAAGUUACAGCGUUACAGGACCUUCGUAACUGGAGGAAUGGCCAUUCUCUUCUUCCUGGUUUCGCUGCCAUUAACGCUAAAUGGAGGUAUCUACAUCUUCCAGUUAAUGGAUUGGUUUACUUCCGCCUUUUGUUUGGUCAUCACCGGGCUUCUCGAAUCUGUCAUCAUUGGUUGGAUAUAUGGCGUACAUCGUUUUGGCCGUGACAUAGAGCUGAUGCUGGGAAGACGACCGGGUGUCAUUAUGCGUUUCUGCUGGUGUAUCUCUAACCCUAUCAUCCUGUUGAUGGUAUUUUUUGUGACUGUGACUGGUUACCAGAUGCCCACAUACGACGGGUACACGUACCCUACUGCAGCGCGGGGCAUGGGGUUCCUGUUCUCCAUGCUACCUAUCUUCCCUAUACCUAUAGUUAUGGUAUGGGAGCUCAGCAGGGCCAAAGGGACAUUAUGGCAGAGGUUCUACCAGACACUACGGCCUUCAAAGGAUUGGAAACCUGCUCUGAAAGAUUACCAGCCCGAUUACCAGACGGACAAUCACGAGUUUGUGUUGCCGUUGACGUCUCUCAUGCCUUGUAGGGAGACCAAAUAGAAUCCUGUCAGUUAUCGAAGCUUGACUUAUUUUUGCAUGAUACAUCUUUGUAGUAACCAUGUUGUAUCCUAAUGUUUUGUUAGUAAACAUGGGCGGUAAUGUUAGUACAAGCAUGUGAAGGAACGUUCAUUGUUUCAUGUUAUGCUGGCCGUCAUAUUGGUCAACCACAUGUACCUGGUUAUCAAGGCAAAGUAGCUCAUAUUCCAGGCCGUCACUUAACUUGGGUCUCUGAAAAUAUAAUAACACAAGACAUCUCUUUUAAAUAUGAUAGAAGCAAGGAAUUUGAAUGACUUAACUGUAGACAUCUGGAUUUGCUAAACUAAUAAAGACUUGCACAUAGGUUCUUUUCCUAAUUUUGUUUCAAGGUCUGUAUAACAGACUAGUCAGGUUGGGUUACCGGGUAGUGCUAUUUGUGACCAUAAGGUUAUUGAAAUAAAGAGCAUAGAUGAUUAUUGAACAAUACCUGUGUAAAAGUGAGCUUUAUUACCUGCAAAAUCCGUGAUUGAAAUUGAAUAUAUAGAUAUGUUUGUAUUAACAUUCAAAUAAAGUAUAUUUAUAUCACCAA